AUGGAUUCAGUAUCCGAUUCAGACUCAAUGGUUGGUUCGGGAGAUGGGGCUUUUGGUAUAGUGGCUAAGAAGAACCAUCAUCAGAGGGAGGUUGAGGAGGAGGUAGAGAUUUACAAGGAGUGGGAGCUUGAGAAGCUCAGGACGAGAAAUCUGUCGUGGAACAUGGACAUAGGAAGCUUGGUGAGGAGCAAGGUAAAACAGAAAGAGCUAAAAGCGUGUUCCGUAACCACGCCUAUUUACUGGUGUUGGGGUUGGGGAAACACAACCGUUUUUCACAAAAUUCUUCGCCAAUCUCUCCCGACAUCGACUUCACAGCAGCGCAAGCAUAAUAAUGAUACCUGCCUUGCUUAUACAUUAGCUGCUAUCUGCAACCUGUUGUCUGAAGUAGGCAUCUCAGUCACUUCCGGAAUUCUUGGAACAUCGAACUCACCUGGGACUCCUAUUGGGACUUUUCUGUCAAUUCAGCAACAAUUGCUUGUGCUAUUGAGAAGGUCCCUAAAGGGUGCAGAAAGUUUAAAGUUGAAAAGGCUUGUGGCUUGGAAUCAUGUUUCAAUGGCUAAAUUUUAUCUCAUGGAACUGAGGCUGAGUUUUUCUGAUGUGUUUAGUGAGUUUAGCAGUGAAGACUCUACAAUGAUAAUGGAUGGUGCUUUCUGUGCGGCAAGGCUUAAGAACUUUCAGAAGUCAACAAGUCCUUCAGUUUCAGUUUUCUCCCAAGAUAACGGAUCGGGAAGUAAAUCUGAUGCUCUUCAUUUCUGUGCGCUACCAAGUUCUAUUCCUGGGUCUGUGCUGCAAGUACUAGGUUCAUCGUACUUAGUGCAACUGCAUGGGAGAUGUAUGGAAGGUAUCUUUCAUAAUGUCCUUUAGGCUUGCAAAACUUCUUAGUUUUUUUAAAAGGCUUUAAAAAAGAAUAAUCAUGUGCGGUAUCUUCCUCUACGGACUCGUAGAUUCAGUAUCAUACAUGCUGAACCAAACUAGAUUUUGAAGCAAGUUUAUCAUACGCUGAAGGUAGUUGCUGCAUGUCAGUGAGAGGAAAGGUGGGGAAAAAUUCUUUGAUUGUGGACCCUAAUUUGUGAAACUCGGUUGUCGUUAAAAUUUAGUGGUUGAGAAUCGUGUCCUCCAUGAUAAGUUGAUUAGAAAAUAGAUUAAGGUGGUUUGUAUAUAUGUAGACCUGUAGACGUUGUAGUCAAGAAGAGUGACAUGAUAUUAGUGGAUAGUCAGGCUAGGGGAAAGAGGAAGGCCUAAACUGACUUUGGAUACCGUGAGUUGGACUUGUGCUUACU